AUGUAUGGGAUCCCGAGACGUGUGAUCAGCGACAGAGGGACAGCGUUCACAGCAAAGGCAUUUGAAGAGUUUUGUUUGCAACAUGGGAUCAAACAUACGUUGAAUUCGGUGCGGCAUCCACAGUCAAACGGACAGGUAGAGCGAGUAAAUAGUACUCUAGUACCAGUAUUACAAGCCAACAUGGAGUCCGACCGAACAUGGGACAAGGAUCUGAUGAAUGUGGAACGACAAUUAAAUAAUGCUUAUAACAACACUAUUGAUGACACACCUUUUCAUGUUUUAUAUGGUUAUCUUCCCAGCUUUAACGACGGUGUACUAAGCAAUGCCACAACUAUGGAAGACUGGAAAGAUCCAACAAAAUUGCAAGACCAAAUAAGACAGCGAAUUGUACGAGAACAACAGAUGUGGAAAGAGAAGUAUGAUUCAAAACACUGUAAACCAGUUAUAUAUAAAAUUGGUGAUAUAGUGUUUAUCAGAAGACCAACGGAGGCAACUGGAGACUCCACCAAGCUUCAGAAUAAGUAUCGUGGUCCGAUGGUGGUAACCGAGGCCUUGAGUAAUGGAGUAUAUCGAGUAGCAGCAUUAAGAACCACAGAAGGAAGAAGAUACGCUACAAUGGUACAUGUAUCUCACAUUAAAGGAUACUACUUACCAUCAGCGGUUGAAGAUGAUCCAACAUUCAGCGACAAAGAGGAGAGUGAAGAUGAAGCAGACAUAUUAGUAGAGGAAAAAUCAACAACAACCAAGGAAAGUGCAGUAGGUCAAGGUGAAAGGAAACACCCCAAAAGAAUCACCAGACCACCGGAAUGGCAAAAACUUUAUAAAAUGUAA